CAACGCUGUUUAACGGGGGGAAUCCAGCCCAUAUAUUUAUUGUAGCCGCUCUUGGAUAUUGUGCUCAAGAUGGCCGCCGAUGUGGGAUCGAUGUUUCAAUAUUGGAAGAAAUUUGAUCUCCGGCGGCUUCAGAGGGAGCUAAAUUCAGUGGCGGCACAACUUGCAGGCCGACAGGAAGAGAGCGAGGACUGCCAUAAACACCUGGUGGAGCUGAGCCGUGAAUUCAAGAAAAAUGUCCCAGAGGAGGUGUUGGAGGUGGUUUCUCCUGUCCUCAAGAGUUUUCAAGCUCAGGUGGUUGCGUUGAGCCAGCGCAGUAAGGAGGCGGAGUCUGCAUUCCUGGGAAUAUAUAAACAGCUGAUCGAGGCCCCAGAUCCGACUCCACUGCUAGCGGCCACACAUUCUCUGAGUGAGAGACUGGCAGAACUUCAGCAUUCGGCUCCUGAUGGUGACGCUCUGAUCACAGAAAUCUCGACCCAUUGGAGGAGACACCUAGAGUGCCUUGAUAAAGCAGAACACACAGAGGAGGGGUGCGUAACCGUGGAGACAGGGGAGGCGUUGGCACAGCGGCCCCAUAAGAUGACACCAAACAGCACACAGAACAUCCAGGAUGGAGAGUCGCCUCUCCAAAUCCAUCAGAACACAGAAGACGAGGUGGAACAUAAAUCAGAUGCUUCUCUGCCUGUCAGACUCGGCCAGGCUGAGGAUCGGAUCAAAGCACUUCUGUCAUCACUGAACUCAGCCCAAUCAGAGCUGCAGGAAAUGAGAUGUAAAUACGACAAGGAAAUGGCUGCUAGAAUGGAGGAGAUGGGCGUACUAAUGGCGAAUCUGGAGAAGGCCAACCAGAGAGCAGAUUUAGCCCGGAGGGAAGUGGACCGGCUUCGUGAACAGCUCGCUGAUACUCACAGCACUUCUAAAGGGGCCGGCCCAUCAGAGGAGGGACCCAAAGAGGAGAGAGAGCGCGAUGAGAGGGACGUGCGGCUGGAGGCGGUGCUGUUCUCUAAGGAUAGAGAGAUCCUCAAACUGCUCGAGAACGUCCAGAGGCUGCAGUUCACUUUACAGGAAGUCCAGGACUCAUCGGCCAAUCAGAUCGUAGAGCUGGAACGCCAGUUGGCCUAUAAGUCAGAAGCUAUAGAGACCCUUGAGACCAAACUUCAGUCCCAGAUGGACUAUGAAGAGAUAAAAACAGAACUGAGUAUCAUGAAAGCCAUGAAGCUAGCAUCAGCAAACGGACGUUCCUCACAGGAUUCAGCCAAAACCGCAGAGGCCCUGCUUUUGGACAAAGAUGCCUUUUUGUCCUCUCACAAAUUUUUUGUGGAUAAAGUCAGGGUGUUACACAAAAAUGAUAAGAGUCAUUCAGUGGACUCCAGUAAGGACAUGGGUCGCCCCGCGGUGUCGAAUUCCUCCCCUCCUGGAACGUUGCCUAUCGAUGGCCGCACUUCCUCCAGCCCAGACCCGGCCAACAACGACACACCUUCCUCUGCCCCUGAACCGCCCCGCCCCUUCUCCGUGUCGUCCUUCUCGAGCGAGAAACUUCCAUUGGAUCAACUCCUGCAGAAGCAACUCCUGUCGCCCCUCUUUAAGAAAGACAGCGCCUCCAUCAUGGCGUUCCCCACUGCCCUCUACGCCGCCAAAGCUGCCCUCAUGUCAGCCAAUCAGAACUCCUCUUUGCCCGUUGCCAUGGAGACAGGCAUGCCAAGUGACCAAUCGGAGAGUGGGAGCUCAGGCGGAGGAGACGACGACCAGCUGGACACAUCAGAAAUCGCUUUUCAGGUCAAAGAGCAGCUGCUGAAACACAACAUCGGUCAGCGCGUGUUCGGUCACUAUGUGCUGGGCCUCUCGCAGGGGUCAGUCAGCGAGAUCCUCGCUCGACCCAAACCCUGGAGGAAGCUCACCGUCAAGGGCAAAGAGCCGUUCAUCAAAAUGAAACAGUUCCUGUCGGAUGAUCAAAACAUUCUGGCUUUACGCACCAUACAGGUUCGCCAGCGAGGGAGCAUCACUCCUCGCAUCCGAACUCCUGAAACUGGGUCAGACGAUGCCAUCAAGAACAUUCUAGAACAGGCCAAGAAGGAGAUCCAGUCACAGAGAGGUGGUGAUUGUAAGUCAUCUAUGGGCUGUUCAUCGGGGCGCAACAGCUCUGGAGGAAGCAGUAGUUCAGAUGAAACCAUAAAGGGCAUUCUGGAGCAGGCCCGUCGAGAGAUGCAGGCGCAGCAGCAGGCCCUGCUGGAGAUGGAGGCCUGCGGCCGGGCAUCCACCAGCAAACGUCUCACCUUGCAAGAUCCCACCAAGGGUCAGCCACCCCCAACACCGCCUUUUGUCAAACAGGAAGAGGGCGUGUCCAUGCCAGCAUGUCUGUCCAAUCCUUCAAGCAGCCCUCACACCCCUCUGAGCGUACUCUCACCCGCCGCCUUCGUCCAGAACAUAAUUCGUAAAGUGAAGUCGGAGAUUGGCGAGGCUGGCACGUAUUUCGACCAGCACUGGUCUGCGGAGCGUGGUGUGGUCAUGAUGGGAGCGGGCGUCACUUCUCGCCCUUUCACCUCUGUGUCUCCCUCGCUCUCGUCUUGCUCUUCUACGGGUCACUCGUCGAUGCCCCGUCCAUGGCCGCGGAUGGAGAAUGGAGACUGUCCCGCCAACGGCGAGGAAGCUUCGGCGCCUGAGGACGAACCCGUGUUGGCGCGACCGGUGGACAUUAAGGUGGAACCUGACGCGUCCGUGAGCGGAGAGGCUCCGUGUGGGGGAGGGCGAGUGUCACUUUACCCCACCUACAUCCCACGGACCCUAAAACCCACGGUACCCCCACUGACCCCAGAGCAGUACGAGAUGUACAUGUACCGCGAGGUGGACACCAUCGAGUUGACGCGUCAGGUGAAGGAGAAACUGGCCAAGAACGGGAUCUGUCAGAGGAUCUUUGGAGAGAAGGUGUUGGGUUUGUCUCAGGGUAGUGUGAGUGACAUGUUGUCCAGGCCGAAACCCUGGAGUAAACUCACUCAGAAGGGAAGAGAGCCGUUUAUACGUAUGCAGCUUUGGCUAGUGGACCAACUCGGUCAGGGACUCAACCAGCUGCCCAACCACAACCAGGAUAAAAGUCCUGUGACGAGCCACUCGUCACCCUCUCCUCCUCCGAGUCCUGAAGACGGACCCAACAUGAACAUGGAGCCCGUCAGUCUGGCUCUGGAGAGCAGUAAAGAGAACCAGCAGCCGCAGCAUGUGGAACCUCACCGAGGGAAGACCAGUGCAGGCCUGAUCGUCCCCCAACAACCCCACACACCGCUGGGGAUACAGGAACUGGUGGCCAUGUCACCCGAACUGGACACAUACGCCAUCACCAAGAGAGUGAAGGAAGUUCUGACAGACAAUAACUUAGGCCAGCGACUGUUUGGAGAGAGCAUUCUGGGACUGACACAGGGUUCAGUGUCUGACCUGUUGUCCAGACCGAAGCCCUGGCACAAACUCAGUCUGAAGGGCCGAGAGCCGUUCGUCCGUAUGCAGCUUUGGCUCAACGAUCCACACAAUGUGGACAAACUGAGAGACGUCAAGAAAAUGGAGAAGAAAGCCUAUCUGAAGAGACGUUACGGUCUGUUGAGUCCCGGAUCAGACAGCGAUUCGUUCGGUGCUCAUUCAGACUGCAUCAGUCCAGGUCUGACGGCGCUGGAGCUCUGCCCGUUCAGUCAAGCAAAGAAACCCAGAGUGGUGCUGGCCACGGAGGAGAAGGAAACGCUGAGGAAGGCGUAUCUCCAGGAGCCUUACCCUUCACAACACACCAUAGAGAUGCUGGCCGCACAACUCAACCUCAAAACCAACACUGUCAUCAACUGGUUCCACAACUACAGGUCCCGUAUGCGGCGAGAGGUCCUGAUGGAGGGUCUCCAAGACAACGACACUGAUGCUGAGCACAACAACUACUCCCCCCUCGCGUGUCGCAGCCCUGUCUCAGACCGUGAAGACAGGAAGCAGCACUCGGCUGUCCGCAUCCACCCUCUCAGCGACGGAUCCCGCCAGUUCGCGGUCAAACAGGAAGCGAACGAGCCGGAUGAAGACGAGGAGUUCCGACUGAUGCAGGCCAAGUGCUUUUCUGUUGGCGUCCAGAUAUCGCAGCUUAAAAGUGACCCCGAUUUGGACCCACGCCGUCCCCAGAGUGUCCGGGACGAGGAACCGGGCCGCAGUCAGGGUCUUGGAUCUGCCGAGGUCCCACAGAGGAACGAAGAGCUGGAGAAGUCGCCCGAGGAUCCCGUUAGUUUCAAAGCAUCGUCCGAACCUUCUCGCAGCAGCCUGGAGGUGUCGCUCAACUCACCGUCCGCCGCGUCGUCCCCAGGACUUAUGAUGUCCGUGUCCCCCGUCCCGUCCUCUUCUGCCCCCAUUUCUCCAUCACCACCCAACGCACUGGCCAACCAUCAACCCAACUACAAUGUCGAGUCGCUCAACGGCAAACUCAACAAAAGCUCUCAGAAGCGCAACGAAAAAAUGGCUAACCUCAACAACAUAAUCCAUCGUCUGGAACGAGCGGCGAACCGAGAGGAAACGCUCGAGUGGGAGUUCUAGAGGUUUACGAACAUUCGUGGCAGGCGUACACUUUUCGCUCUGUGAGAGAAACGACCCGGAAAGGGUCUCGAAGUUCGUCUUGAAGAACUUCAUCGGGGGACUCGAAAACUGAUGAUAAAAAAAACUCCCUGUCGGAAUUUUACGAAAGCAAAAUAACUCAUAUUUAUAAAUGUGUUUUAGGUAUUUUGAUAAACCUAACUUUGAAAUCUGUGUAACAGCACUAGCUGGGAUUCGUUUUAAACCGCGGAGGAGGGAUGAAAAAACUUUACCACUACGGUGUCAUGAAAUGCACACUGACGUCUUGUAGAUUGCCACUGGGUGAGAUUAUGAAAAAUUAAAGACCUCUGUCUUAAGCCAUCAAAAAGCACUACUUAUUUAAAAAAUAAUAAGAGACAAUGACCAAAUUUGCUAAUUUUUGAAUAGCAAUUUUUCAAGUUUUGUCUGUAAGACGGGACAGCAAAGUCAAGUGACAUGCGACAGCUUCACAUUGACCGAGGGAUAGUCCUAAAAGACUCUAAAUAGUGAACAGUAUGUAUUUAGUUUCUUGGUGACGUUUGGAAUCUUUUGUUAUACAAGCGUACAACGUGUGAUGAUGUGUGUGUUGUAGAAAUCGUCUGCAAUAGCCUUCUCUUAACAAGAUGUAGCAUGGAACAUAAUUUACCCUCGAUUUCCUCUCUAGCUAGUAACCUGUGAUAUACU